AUGAAAAUUCGUGAUCAUGAUCGUGAUCGUGAACUUGAUCUAAGAAAAUUCGUGAUCGUGAUCGUGACGACAGUUGAAGAAACAGUUCGUGAUCGUGAUUCACGACCUUGUUUGGGUCGUGAUUGGGACCGUGAUCGUGAUCAAAAAUAUCAAUCACGCAGUAAACUACUAUACAUAAAUAUGCGAUAUUUAGAACAAAGACCAAUUUUAUGCAUCCACUUUAGGCAUAUUCAGACAAAAUAAGAAAAGAACUGGAAUUCUUGAAUACUUCAUAUAACUGUAAUGAUUGAGAGGGAUCUAUAAUGUUUAUUAUCAGCAGAGAUCAUAACAGAAUUGUUUUGCCUUUGAUAUGCAUACCACGGUACAAUACAACAUUCGACAAGUGCAUUCUUCUCAUAGAAUACCUACCUAUCCAGAGACUUAUGAUUCUGGACAUGCCAGAUAUGAUGUUUGUUGAUGAUGUAACAGAAAUGUCUAAGUCGAGUUCAAGAAUAUUUCAUUUUGUAGAAAUUAAAGCACAGAGCCGAAAAUUAUUGCAUAGAACUAUCAAAACUAGCUAUUAACAAAAAAAUAAAAUCAGAAAGUUUCUGAAACGUUCCUAAUUCUUGCUCAAAAAAGUCGUCAUGAAACUUCAUGAACAAAACUGUGCCAAGUGCGAUCAGCAGAACAAGAAACGAAAGUAAUCUGUAUACUAUGUGUCUGAUGAAAGGUCAUUUUAUACUCUUCGUAUUCUCUUUUGUAUUACAUCGUCGUAUGCAAAUACCUUUAAGUAUGUAUGGUAGUACGCAAAAAAUAAGUGUUAAAAGUAUAAUUUUUUGCCUAUAGAUAGAGCUGCCAUCUCCAGAAAAUAUAGAUUGAUACGUUGUCGAUAAGACACACGUGAAUUAUUUCAAUGUCGUAUCGCAUUUUAGAGUAUAUCACUUCAUUGCAAUAGUUUCUUAAGUAUCACUGAUUCAUAUGCUACUACGUCUGGAAAUAGAAUGACUAAGCACAUUUCGCCUUUUCACUCAAUAAAAUCACAUAGUACCAAUGGGAGUAGGCCUAUGUAAAAGGUUACACAUUGUAUGAAAUAAGUUAUUUUGAUAUUUGAACAUUUGCUUUUGUUGUGUCAAGCCAUGGCAGUUUCUUCGUUGAUGAUCUAAGAUUGUAAAAGUUGAAUUGAAAUUUUCAAUAUGAGAUAUCUUAUGAAAUAUGCCAAUAAAAUAUCAAACAAAAUGAAGUCAGUAUGAAAGCAAAAAUCAUUAUUGGACUUUCUUUCGCUCUUCUUUCUAAUCUCAAAUCAAGUUCGAUCUCAUCAUAAAUCUUUGAUUACAUGUCUUCGGAGAAUAUCCCCGGAAACUCGAUUAUGUCCUAGGGUAAGAGGUAUAUAGAUAUAUAGGUAUAGGAGGUAUAGAGGUAUAGGAGGUGUAGGAGGU